AUGGGCAAGUACAUCUCCCCCGGCUCAAAUUCAAAGGUCGGGACCAGCUCGGAAGGUUCAUCCUCUAAGCAAGAAGAAGGAGCAGCAUCCCGCAAGGCCCGUCUUGCCGACCCUUUCCAUCCGAAAGUCGGGAUCUACCGUAACCUCCCUCGACACGUCGUCGAUGAACCUCCUUACCACCACGUCGCCGACGGGUUGCUCAGCGUCAACACCUCGGCGCCCGUAGACAGGCAUCCGAUUUAUCAGCUGAUCAAGCAGGCGAGGGACGAGUGGGACGGGAAAAAGAAGAGGCAGAGCAAGACGUUGAAAGAGGCCGUAGCUGAGUAUAAGAGGAGGAACGGAGGGUUGAUGCCCCCGAAAGGGUUUGACAAGUGGUGGGAGUUUGUCGUUCUGAACGAAGUCCAACUCCCCGACGAAUACGACCAGAUCAACAAGGACCUUUACCUCUACCGCGCCCUCAGUCCGGGAGAAUUGAACCGCCGGCUGGACACUGCCAGCGAGUCCGAAGACACCUUUACCAUCUCUAUCAAGCACCACAACGUACGUACCCGGUCGACUUAUGAUGGAGAGGCCAUCGGCGGGGCGGACGAACGGCUCGAAGCCCAGAUCGAGCUCUUGAUGGAUUACGGGAUGGAGAGUUGGUUGAGCGAUAUGAGGGUCGUCUACGGGAUCCACGAUGGACCGACGGGCUUCAUCGGGUACGAUCAUCGGAGCGAUCUGGAGACGCUCGUACAGGACGACGAGUAUUACCGGACCGUCGAAGAGCUGGAUACCACCGUCAGAGGGUGGGAAGCUGCUUGCCCUUACGGGUCUCCGGCGAGGAGGUUGACCCCGUCUAACCGCGGUGCGGCAGGGUUGGCGCUGGGCAAGACGUUCGUCCAAGACCCGUCCGUCAGCCAGUUUGACAUCUGCAACCACCCGGAGUACAUGGACCUGCACGGGGCGUUGAACGGUCGUCGUCCCCACGUCCAACAGACGCUCCUCCCGACGUUCUCUUUGAGCAAGACGGCGCUGCACACCGACGUCCUCGGGGUCCCCAUGGAACAAUGGAUGGAAACCUUGCCUACGAUCCCUUGGGAACGGAGGACGCAAGACAAGCUCCUCUGGAGGGGGUCCAACACGGGCGCCUACUACUCGGACGAGAUCGACUGGCGAAAGACUCACCGGGUGAGGUUGGUAGAGCUCGCCUCGGGGGGCGACGAGAUGGUCGACGUGAUCCCUCCACCUCGUUGGGGCAAGGGGGACGACGACGACGAUCAGGAGAGGGAUGGGGAGGAGGAGGAGGAAGACGAUGAUCCCAUGAUGUGUAACCGUUCGACGUAUGGACGGAGAAUAGAAUGCGAAGAGUCCGACGGAACCUGCGCCCAACUAGCCCUCGAAUACGUCUGGUCCACACAAAAGAUGACCCACGAAGAAGCCCUGGAAUACAAAUACGUCGUCGACGUGGACGGUAACACCUGGUCCAGCCGGUUCCAGCGGCUCUUGCUCGGGGGCAGCGUGGUCUUCAAAUCGACGAUCAUGCCUGAAUGGUGGAACCAGCGCGCUCAGCCUUGGGUGCAUUAUGUGCCUGUGGGGUUGGGGUAUGGGGAUCUGGUGGACGCUUUGGUCUUUGUGAGUUCCGAGUCUAUAUGCUUCCGAGGAGGCGUGGAUGGCAAAGGCGGAGAAGACGAACUAGCCCGACAGAUCGCGGAAGAAGGAAGGGAAUGGACGGAAACUCAUUGGAGAAAGGUCGACAUGGCCGCUUACAUGUGA